AUGAAAUAUUCAAUUACAAUUUCUUCAUUAUUAAUACUAUAUAUUGUUAGCCCUGGCAGUUUAGACAAGCCAUGUGCAGCGCGACAGGUAAGCGGACGCUCUGUGCUCUGCGUUUGUAACUCAACUUAUUGCGAUGAAGUAGAGAGGCAGAGGCCCGAUAAGAAUGGUUUCAUCGCCUAUACGACAUCCAAGGCGGGGUCACGGUUUCGAAAAAACGUAGGAUAUUUUCAACCUACGAAUAACCAAUUAAAGUGCUGUAAGACAACGCUAACGAUAGAUCCGACAGAAAAACACCAAAAGGUUGAGGGUUUCGGCGGCGCAGUCACCGACGCAGCUGCGAUCAACUGGAAGAGCAUGCCCGAAGAACUGCAGCAACAUUUGAUCAAUUCGUACUUUAGCGUCAAGGGUUUGGAGUAUAACAUGUUGCGAGUACCGAUCGGCGGCUGUGACUUCUCAACUCACCCCUACGCCUAUAAUGAAUUGCCCGAAAACGAUUACAAGCUGUCCAAUUACUCGCUCACUACCGAAGAUAACAAAUACAAAAUACCUAUGAUCGAAGCAAUAAACAAGGUGGCCACGUCUCCGGUACACAUCGUGGCCACAACGUGGUCACCGCCCGUUUGGAUGAAGACCAACCACAAGUUUUCUGGCUUCGGCCAGCUAAAGCAGGAGUUUUACGACGCGUACGCUUUAUAUCAUUACAAAUUUAUAGAAAAGUACGAAGAGGCAGGAAUAAAGAUAUGGGCGAUUACAACAACCAACGAACCGAUUAAUGGUUACUUUGGAAUAGCCCCAUUCAAUUCAUUGGGGUGGAGCAUAUAUAAAAUGGGCGAAUGGAUCGUCAAUAAUUUGGGACCGACGAUUCGUAAUUCCAAAUACAGAGACGUCAAAAUUCUUACCGGUGACGACCAACGUUUCACCAUACCGUUUUGGUUCAAUGUGAUGCUUCGAAAACACCCGAAAGCAUUGGAAUAUAUAGACGGUGUGGGUGUUCACUACUACGCCGACAAAUUUGUACCACCAGCUGUGCUCUACGCUGUCUCUAAGACUCAUCCCGACAAAAUCGUACUGGCCACGGAAGCAUGUGAAGGUAGUUUCCCGUGGCAAAAAGAAAAAGUAGAGCUUGGUUCUUGGACCAGAGCAAUCACAUAUGUAGCUGACAUACUAGAGGAUCUCAAUUACAACGUGGUUGGUUGGAUUGAUUGGAAUCUGUGCUUGGACACGCGAGGCGGUCCAAACUGGGCUGCUAACUUCGUGGACUCGGCUAUCAUCGUGAACAAUACUGAGUUUUACAAGCAGCCCAUGUUCUACGCCGUGGGACACUUCUCCAAAUUCAUCAAACGCGGCGCCGCACGGAUCUCCGUUAGCGAGGAGAAGUCAUUUUUAACGGGUUCCCUCAAACACACCGCGUUUCAGAAUCCCGAUGGCCACAUAGUCCUUGUUGUGUUGAAUGAGGCAGAAAAGAGUAAUGUACUGGUGAAAUGUGGUAAAGGCCAAGCGACGGUGGAACUAGAAGCGGACUCCUUCACCACUAUGGAAUUCUUCUGCGACGUA